AUGGUUUUCAAAGUUGUCAUCAUUUGCGCUUUUGCCUUUUUGGUACAGAGUAUUGCUGGACAGAAGUGCGGUUGCCAAUCGAUCAGCAUCCCCAGCAGCGGCGGCGCCCUGAACAUACAGGCUAUCGGCCCCGUCGUGCCGUCCGGCAUCGCCGUCGCUACGGACCUGGGCCUGUCCGGCGACCUGGACCUGUCCGGCGCGCUGCCGUACCUGAGCGCGGUGGCGUUCGAGGGCAAGUUCGACACCAGCGGCUCGGCUCCGGUGUGCUACGGCUGCGGGGACUGCAUCGCCAUCACGCAGGAGAUCGGCGGCUCCAGCGGAUGCGGAUGCGGCAAACGCUAUUAA